AGAAUGACCGAUUCAAAAGACGGUCAUGUGAAAGUCGUGUUGCGUCGUCUUCCAAAAUACAUGACGGAGCAUGAAGUUCUUGAACAGAUUAGUCCACUACCAGAAGAAGUCAUUGGAACCUAUUUUCAUCCUGCUAACUUUUCGUUCGACCGAUGUGCUUAUGCAACGCUUACAGUAAAUUUUUCCGAAUACUGUGAUUCAAUGAUGGAAUUUGAACGGCGAUUCGAUGGAUACAUUUUUGUCGAUUCUCGUGGAAAUGAUUCUGCUGCAGUUGUUGAAGCUGCUUCCAAUCAGAACUUUGCAAAAUGUGAUCGUAAUCGAAUGAAGGAAGAUACACGUGUUGGAGCUAUUCUCACUGAUAAAUACUAUUUGGAUUUCUGUAAGAAGCUUGAAGAAGAAAGAGCUAUUCCAAUUCUGACUCUGGAACAACAAAUUCGGAAACUUAAUCAGCCUGAUGAUGCUAGAACUCAAAUCGAUAAAAUGGAAACACCACUUGUCAAGUAUUUCUUCGAAAAAGAAACUGGAAAGCGGAGAGAUUACGAUGCUCGCAGACAGAGACGUGACGAAAAGAGAGCUGAGAAGCGUGAUAAAGUUGAUAAAUUUGAAAAGCAUAAGAAUGUUCUGGAUAUCCUUAUGAAGCCCAGCGUUCCGAUGGCUUCAACGUCUGCAACCACGUCGAAGAAGGAUUUGAAGAAGGAAAAACCUAUGACAGAAAAAGAAAAAGAACGGUGGGAGAAGCAGGACGCAAAAAGAAAAGAACGAAAUAUGAUUCGCAAACAAAAGUUUCUUGAUGAGAAGAAGAAGAAACAUGAAGAGCGGGAACAAGAUGGACCACGUGUUCCAAGAGAUAAAAAAAAGGAACGUCUCGCAAAACCUCCCCGUCCAUCUCCAGCUAAAACUGUUGGCGAGCAACAAGGCGAGGAUUGGAUUAAGAAAUUAACUGAUCCGAAGUCAGCUCCAAUGAAAAAGAAACACGAUCUUUCAGUCACCACCAAACUGAAUAAGGAAACCGAUACACGGCCACGAACGGCACCAUCUUCUACAAAACUCCCAACUCGUGCAACUACGUCCAAUCAUCCAAAACGUCCAUCCACUGCACCGAAUCAUUAGCAAUUGUUGUUAAAGAUUAAUGUUGAUUAUAAGAGGAGUAAAUGGAUUUUUUUUGUUUGAUUGUGAAACCGUCAUAAUCGUUUUCUAUGUGCUACAUUUCUAAUAUGUUCACUUAUUCCAUUCUCUGUAUUUUCGAUUAUCAAACAUUCGAAACUCAUCUUAUGAUUUUCUACCCUCCAUUAUUACAGCUUAUGUACUCGUUUUUUCCCUUUUUCCUUACUCGCUUUAUAGUUUUGGAAAAUAAAUUAUAAAUACAUU